CGCCUGGAACAGUCCGCACUUCCUCAUCGUUGCAAAAGCACCUUUCGUGCCCUCGCCCAGCGCUUAGCUGGGAAGUCCACCAACCCCGCUGCUCAGUCGGUCGCUCUCGAUCCGCGCUGCUCCAGAAAUCCUUCGCGGGGGAGGGGCCACGGCGAUCUGGAGGUCGCGAGCGAGCCAGCUCAGCGCUAGAUCAGCGGUCGGGGCGGCUUUGCUUGCAACUCGGACGCAGCGAUGUCCAAGCCGCCGCCUAAGCCAGCUAAGCCAGGACAGGUGAAAGUUUUUCGAGCCCUAUAUACAUUUGAACCCAGAACACCAGAUGAACUGUAUUUUGAAGAAGGAGAUAUUAUCUACAUUUCUGAUAUGAGUGACACAAAUUGGUGGAAAGGAACCUGCAAAGGAAGAACUGGACUAAUCCCAAGCAACUAUGUGGCUGAACAAGCAGAAUCCAUUGACAAUCCAUUACAUGAAGCUGCCAAGAGAGGAAACUUGAGCUGGUUGAGAGAAUGUUUGGAUAACAGAGUUGGUGUCAAUGGCUUAGAUAAAGCUGGAAGCACCGCCUUGUUUUGGGCAUGUCAUGGUGGACACAAAGACAUCGUGGAAGUGUUAUUGGCACAGCCAAAGGUAGAAUUAAACCAACAGAAUAAACUGGGAGACACAGCUCUGCAUGCUGCCGCAUGGAAAGGUUAUGAAGAUAUUGUGGAAAUUUUGCUGGGAAAAGGUGCCAGAACAGACUUAAGAAACAAUGAGAAAAAAUUGGCUUUGGACAUGGCUACCAAUGCUGCCUGUGCUUCCUUGCUUAAAAAGAAACAAGGGCAAGACAUAAUGCGAACAUUAAGCAACGCAGAGGAGUAUCUUGAUGAUGAAGACUCUGACUGAACUGCCUUAAUUUUGCCUUGAAAAUCUAUGGCCUUUUCCUUUCAUCUUUCUCAGAUCCUUUUUCUCCGCAGUGACAAAAUAUUUUUUACUCACAAUGUGUGCUACUAUAAUUUAAACAUGGGGAGACAUUCCUUCCUUCUCCCCUAUUAAGGCUAUAAAUUCCCUAAUUGCUUUUAAAUUAUUUGCCUAGAAGAGAGCUGUAUUGAAAUAGGCUUUACCUUUUAAUAAGAGGUAUAGCAUUUAUAGAUAUCAGCCAUUUUGGGUGGGUGGGGAAUAAAUAUCCAUCUUAAAAUAUAUCUGACAUGAUUUGUGCUAUUUUAUGGAGGAAAACAUCUCAGGAAAUUGGAUUCUCUGCAGAACAUUUUCACCAUUCCUGCUUCUCCUCUCUGUCCCCUCCAUAUAUAUUUACAUGUAGUCUCUACAUUAAUUUGAUUUUCUGCACGCUAGAGCUCCUAAUGGCAGGUUACAUAAGGAAAACUCAGGGCAAGGAGCUAGGAUUAAAUGACUCCUUUCAUGUUUCCCUUGAGAACUGGUUGUGAUUGCAAUUAUUGUAAGUUCAUUAUCAUGGCACCAAAAAAGAGGUUUAGCACCAGAUGAGGACAGGGAGAGAGUAGUAUUGGGGGGGGGGGGGGGAGAGAAAGUGAAAGAAAGAUUGCUUGGUCAGCUAAAAUAGAGCCAUUUUACCUUGUCUGUUGCUCACAGCAGUCUUUCACAAUCUGCCCUCUAGGGGCCUUGUAAAUACAAUUGCAUCUGGAGGGUUCCAGGUUGGGAGAAGCUGCCUUAGACAGUAAAAGGAGGCCUAAUUCUGUCUUCCACUCUGAAAGAACUGUAGGAAGAAUUAGAGACAAGGAAUGUACGUCUAAGCCCAAACCCAUCCUCCAUAAUAGUAAUUUUGGAGAUGAAGAAAGGCUGAGAGAUUUUGUAUAUGUGAGAGAUUUCCCCAAUGGUUCAUCUUCUCGCCCCUGUAUUUCAUAGAAUCCCUGCUCUGGGUGUGUGUUUGUGUGUGUGUAGAUGUGUUUGUACAUGUCUAAUUCCUAAAUUUUAAGGGGAGGGAAAACUAGGUAAGAUAUCCUCAACUGUCUUGCUUUAUGGCUUUAUGAGUUAAUAAGUCAAGAACUGUGGCUUCUGUCCAACUGAGCAUGUGCAGAAUCCUGUCAGUUAAUCUGCAGCCAUUUCUACCAUCUGUUGAGCAAACAAUGGAAUGACAGAAUCCUAUUAAGUCUGGUCUUUGGUUUCAUCUGAACAUCUGGUUGAAGCUAUUGCUACAAACAGACCCAGCAGCUGGAUUAAGAGAAAAUGCAGUCUGCCAAUCAAUUACUGUCCUUUAUUAUAACCAUAGAUUACAACAUAGAGGUGGCACUAAAUCAGUCUUCCCAAAGUGUUCCUGGCAGGGAAUAAUGGGAGUUGCAUUGAAACAUAUCCGGAAUAUAUAGUAUUGGGGACAGCUGCGCUAAGUCUUCAUGCGUGUGUACUAGAUCUCAUUCAUUGAUGAACAUGGUACAUAACCUUCUGUUUGUACAAGUUGCCCACUUAACUUUGGGGAAAUUUACCUAGAGAAACAAGUUAUUCUAUGGUAAUUUUGAAAGUACUAUUUGUGUUUGUGUCUGUAACAGGGACGUGAUAACUCUUUUCACCAUAUGCUCUUAGGCUUUCCUCUUUUUUUUCACCUAUAAAGUAUUUCAUCUCAGAACAGAUAUGUUUCUGAACUCAUUUGUAAAUGUAAAACAGCCUACAAACCAAAAGUAUCUUCAGAAAAAGAUUCAGUAUGAAUAAAUAUUUUUAAAUGCUUUGAAA